AUGAUCAUAAAUAAUGAAGAUAUUGUAGGAUCUGAGGAAGAACAAGCACAUAUUAAUAAGGCUCUUUCUAUUUGGGAAAAGGGAGUUCUCAAGGAAAAAAAUGGAUCUAUGUCAGAUGCAAUAAAUUAUUAUAGAAGAGCCAUUAAGAUACACGAAGGGGUUGAGCAACUUUAUAGAAAGAAACUGCAUGAUGAGUGGGUACUCCAAAAAAAGUUACAAUUAAUAGAUAUUAAUAAAGACAAAAAAUUGCUAAGUCACGGUGAUAAUAAGGAUAGUGGAACUUUUAAUAGUAAUGAUAAAGAACUGAACGAUGAGAUAGAAGAGGAGGAGGACAAGGAACUUCCACCUUGUUGGAUUUUGGAAAUUUUACCUAACGACAUUUUAUUAAGAAUAAUCAAAUAUGUCGUACUUUCAUCUGGUGAAUCAUGGGUGAAUUUAUCGUUAACCUGCCAAAAGUUUAAUCAAUUAUGUUUUAAUAACACUUUCCCAUACAAAAUUUUUAAAGAUUUUAUAUAUUCAAAACAAAAAUAUGACAGUGCAUCAAUGAUAUUGAAUGGAAUCAAAGAUUUAAGGACCAUGGAACAAGAAUUAUGGGGAGAUGAUAAUAUUACAAUGAUCAAAUCACGGCCAUUUAUUAAAUUUGGUGGUGUGUAUAUCAGCAUAGUUAAUUAUUUAAGAUAUGGGACGCAUGCUGAAGGCUCAUCAUCUUUAUUAAACCCUGUCCAUAUGAUAACAUAUUAUAGAUACUUCAGAUUCUAUGAUGAUGGUACUGUCUUGAGGCUUUUAACUACUGAUGAACCAAGUCAUAUAGUAAAAAACUUUAAUAAAGAAAGGAAACCUAAAAAUAGCGAAAUAUGCAAGUGGCAAAUUGGAUUUGAUGACAAUUUUGGUAGAGUGACAAUUACUAGGAAUAACCAAAAAUAUAUAUUUAGAGAAACUUUAGUAAUUAAAAAACAAGGUAAUAAAAUCCAUCAAAGAUUAAAGUGGAUAAGUUCCACUGUCGAAAAUAAUGAGGGAGAAAUAUCCGAAUGUUCGUUAAGAAAUGAAAAGUCAUUUUAUUUCUCAAGAAUAAGAUCAUAUAAUGAUUAG